AUGGGGGUAUUAUUGUUGAAACGUUGCAACUGCUCUAUGCCUCGGACUUUCAUGGGGUGUGUUAUUGUUGAAACGUUGCGACUGCUCUAUGCCUCAGACUUUCAUGGAGGAACUGUAACAGCUGCCGCUAUAGGGACCUGUAAUCACACCUCAGGAACUGUAACAGCUGCCACUAUAGGAACCUGUAACUACACUUCAGGAACUGUAACAGCUGUCACUACAGGAACCUGUAACUACACUUCAGGAAUUGUAACAGCUGUCCCUAUAGGAACCUGUAACUACACUUCAGGAACUGUAACAGCUGCCACUACAGGAACCUGUAACUACACUUCAGGAACUGUAAUAGCUGUCCCUAUAGGAACCUGUAACUACACUUCAGGAACUGUAACAGCUGUCACUACAGGAACCUGUAACCACACUUCAGGAACUGUAACAGCUGUCCCUAUAGGAACCUGUAACUACACUUCAGGAACUGUAACAGCUGUCACUACAGGAACCUGUAACCACACUUCAGGAACUGUAACAGCUGCCACAAUAGAAACCUGUAACCACACCUCAAGGACUGUAACAGCUGUCGCUAUAGGAACCUGUAACUACACUUCAGGAACUGUAACAGCUGCCACUACAGGAACCUGUAACUACACUUCAGGAAUUGUAACAGCUGUCACUAUAGGAACCU